AUGUGGUUCGCACAGGCGGAAGCACAAUUCGUUCUUGCGAAUGUUACCAAGGACGAAACAAAAUUCUACCACAUUGUGGCAAAGGUCGACCAAUCGGUGAUAUGCCACGUCGCCGACUUGGUGUCAGCCCCACCACAGCAGGACAAGUACAAAGCGGUCAAGGAUCGUCUGAUCGCUCGAUUUGCUCUUUCACCACAAUCACGACUGGAGCGGUUGCUCGGUUCCUUCGAUCUUGGUGACAUGCGCCCUACGCAUCUUCUGGCCAAGAUGCAAGAACUGGCCAACGGCCUGAAUGUCACCGACGACCUCCUCAAAAUGCUCUUUUUGCAACGAAUGCCGGCUCACAUUCGGCCGAUAUUGACCAUCAGCGACGGAACGUUGGUCAAGUUGGCGGAAAUGGCCGACAAAAUGGUAGAAUCGCCACAAGCAUCUGCAGUGUCUACCACGUCAACCAUCGACGAGCAAAUGGAGAAAGUGAAGGAGCAACUGGAGGUGCUUAGUGCAGAGUCCCGUCGGCUAAAAGCCGGCCCAUCAACCGGAUCCAGUGGUCGCCGCAGUCGUUCAUCCUCACGUUCCAGAACCGGAAUGGAAAUGUGCUGGUAUCAUCGUAAGUUCGGGCAAAAUGCCGAACGGUGCAAGGAGCCAUGCAAGUACACGCCAAAAAACUAG